AGGCCAGCACGGGUACCAUCAACCUCAAGAUUCCGGAAUCCAUACAUCGUGUGUUUCGUUGUUGUGGCAGGGGUGGUAAUCUUGGCGGUGACUGUAGCUCUACUCAUCCACUUUUUAGCCUUUGAUCAAAAGUCUUAUUUUUACCACAGCAGCUUUCAAAUCCUAAAUGUCAAAUAUAGUAAUCAGUUAAAUUCACCAGCUACACAGGAAUAUAGGGAUUUGAGUGGAAGAAUUGAAUCUAUGAUUACUAAAACAUUCCAAAAAUCAAAUUUAAAAAAUCAAUUUAUCAGAAGUCAUGUUGUCAAACUGAGGCAAGAGGGCAAUGGUGUGAUAGCAGAUGUUGUCAUGAAAUUUAAAUUCACUAGAAAUAACAAUGGAGCAUCAAUGAAAAGAAGAAUUGAGUCUGUUUUGCACCAAAUGUUGAAUAACUCUGGAAACCUGGAAAUAAACCCUUCAACUGAGAUAACACCAAUUACUGACCAGGAUACAGUGGAAAUGUUCACUCAAGGAUGUGGGGCCCGUACAGACCUAAUAACUCUGUCUGCGGAGCGGAUCCUGGGAGGCACUAAGGCUGAGGAAGGAGACUGGCCCUGGCAAGUCAGUCUACAGACAAAUAAUGUUCACCACUGUGGAGGCGUCCUGAUCAGUAGCGUGUGGGUCCUGACAGCAGCUCACUGCUUCCGAAGCUACUCUAAUCCUCGUCAAUGGACUGUCACCUUUGAUGUUUCAACAACUUUUCCUAAACAGAGAAGAGGAGUAAGGACUAUUAUAAUCCAUAGCAAUUAUAACCCUGCAACUCAUGAAAAUGAUAUUGCAGCUAUACAACUUGACAGAGACAUCAACUUUACCAAAAAUAUCCAUAGGGUGUGUCUCCCAGAGGCUACCCUGAAUAUUCAACCUGGUUCUAUUGCUUAUGUAACAGGAUGGGGAUCUCAAGAAUAUGGUGGUAACACAGUUCCAGAUCUACAGCAAGCACAGGUCAGAAUAAUAAGUAAUGAUGUAUGUAACGCACCAAGAAGUUACAAUGGUGCUGUCUUGUCUGGAAUGCUAUGUGCUGGACUACCUCAAGGUGGAGUGGAUGCAUGCCGAGGUGACUCUGGUGGCCCACUAGUUCAAGAGGACUCACGUCGGCUUUGGUUCCUUGUGGGGAUAGUAAGCUGGGGGGACGAAUGUGGUCUGCCAGAUAAGCCAGGUGUAUACACGCGGGUGACAGCCUACCGUGACUGGAUAACUGAAAAAACUGGGGUUUGA